AUUAUCCUGAGGCUACGAUGGCAGACGGGGGAUCGCAUGAUAUGGACGUGCUAGAAGUGCCGAAGAAGCACAAGCUCCAGGAGGACUUUGAUGCUGCGGAAGAGGAGAUCGAAGAAGAACGCGCGUCUCCGGAGCGCUCGAUUGCUGCGUUCCAGAAGAUCUUGGCUUACCAUGGAGCUGAUGACAACUUGGAGGUCGUGCACAAGGUGAAGGAGCUGUCGAUUUACAAAUUGGGGCAGCUCUACAUCCGCCAUGGACGCGAGAAGGAAUUGGCCGCGCUGCUCCAGAACGUCCGUCCGUUCUUUUCCACGAUUCCCAAAGCCAAGACGGGGAAAAUUGUUCGAACCAUCAUUGAUAUGGUGUCGAAAGUCAAAGUGCUCGAUGCGACCAAGGCGCUGCAAUUCCAAGCCGACUUGUGCUACGACUCGAUUGCAUGGUGCAACCUCGAGAAGCACACGUUCCUUCGCCAACGCAUCCAGGCCCGCUUGGCGUCCAUCUUGUUUGAACAGCAAAAGUUCCAAGCCGCGCUGGACUUAAUCACGGAGCUCCUUCGGGAAAUCAAAAAGCUCGACGACAAGCCCCUCCUCGUCGACAUCCACCUCGUCGAGUCCAAGUUGUAUCACGCGUUGCGCAACGUGCCCAAGGCCAAGGCAUCGUUGACGGCGGCGCGCUCCAUUGCUAACACCAUCUACAUCAUCCCCCGCACCCAAGCCAACAUCGACCACAUGUCGGGCAUCUUGCACGCCGAAGAGCGCGACUACAAGACUGCGUUUUCAUACUUUUUCGAGGCGUUUGAAGCGUUGGUGCCGCUGGACCCGGUGGAAGCGCUGGCGUGCCUCAAGUACAUGCUGCUGAGCAAGGUGGCCAACGGUCAGUCGGCGGACGUGCCUGCGAUCGUGAGCACGAAAAACGCCAUCAAGUUCACGGGCAUCGACAUCGAAGCGCUCAAGGCGGUGGCCAAAGCCCACGACCAGCGCUCCCUCGAGCUGUUCCAGCAGGCCACGACCACCUACGCCGCUCAAUUGGUGACCGACCCCCUGAUCAAGCACCACUUGGGGCUGUUGUACGAAAAGCUGUUGGAGUCCAACUUGAUCAAGAUCAUUCACCCGUACUCGUGCGUCGAGAUCAACCACGUGGCCAACUUGAUCAAGCUGCCCCUCGUUCAAAUCGAAACCAAAUUGUCGCAAAUGAUAUUGGACCACAAAUUCCACGGCAUCCUCGACCAAGGACGCGGCCAGUUGAUCGUGUAUGAAAACCCCACCGAAGAUAAAACGUACAAGGCGGGCCUCGGGGUGAUUGAAAACGUCGGCCAUAUUGUCGACACGUUGUUCCGCCGCGCGGACAAGUUGUCGGCGUAGAAACCGUAGGAUCAUCGGCACAAUUCCACCGAUUGUGUUUUUUCGUGUAUUGUGUUUACAACGCCGGCAACGACACGGACGGCGUCAUGCUGAGUUCGCC